AUGACUUCUCCUGUCUUCAAAAUAAUACCUACAACACAGCAGUACGACUGGGGCAAACUUGGAUCCAGCUCAAAGGUUGCGCAGCUCGCAGACGCAUCUGCAACCCCAGGAUUCCAAUUGGAUGAUAGCAAACCCUACGCAGAACUAUGGAUGGGCACACAUCCUACCUCGCCAUCGAAACUUUCAUCGGGCGCGACGCUAUCUUCUCUUCUGAAAGAAAAUCCUUCAUUAAUUGGCACAAAUGUCCUGUCCAGAUUCCCCGAUGCAGUUGAUGGAAACCUCCCUUUCUUGUUCAAAGUACUUUCUAUCGAGAAAGCGCUCAGCAUACAGACCCAUCCUGACAAGAAGACCGCCGAACAACUUCAUGCACAAUUGCCUAACAUUUAUAAAGACUCCAACCACAAACCCGAGCUCGCUCUUGCUCUGACUCCAUUUCGAGCUCUCUGCGGAUUUCUUCCUCUUCCCGACAUCGCCAACCAUCUCCGAAAUACCCCUGAACUAUCCGCGGUUAUUCCGCCCACCAUCGUGGAUGCUUUUCUCGCAAUCGCCGGAUUAGAUACGCCUACCGGCCCGAUGGAAAAGGCAGCAUUGAAAGACCUCUUCGCUGCCUUGAUGACUGCGCAAGAAACCGCAUUCAAAUCUCAGCUAUCCACCCUUGUAGAACGUUAUUCUACAAAGCCAGAUAUUGACCCAGAAGGUGUCGAGGCGCUGGUUUUGAGGCUAAAUUCUCAGUUCCCUGGGGACAUUGGCAUCUUCUGCACGUUCUUGUUGAAUUAUGUCAAACUGCAACCCGGAGAGGCUAUCUUCUUAGGUGCUGGUGAACCACAUGCAUAUAUAGACGGAGAUAUCAUCGAGUGCAUGGCAAACUCUGAUAAUGUGAUUCGCGCCGGUUUAACGCCCAAGCUUAGAGAUAUACCCAAUCUUGUGGCGGGUCUAACAUAUGUUUCCGCGGAUGCUUCACGACAUCGGGUGCAGCCCACGCCAUUCUCAUCAAGUGUCAGUACGCUAUAUGAUCCACCCAUCCCAGAGUUUUCGGUGGUGCAGGUUGUAUUAGGUCCUGGUGCUACCGAGUCGCACCGCGCUGUGGAGGGGCCUAGUCUCGUGGUGGUGAUAGAGGGUAAAGGGGCUGUUUCGUGGGGAGACGCGUCAUUGAACAUUGGUACUGGAGACGUCGUUUUUAUCGGUGCAGCGACAGAGGUUGCUUUUGCCGCCGAUUCCGGUAUCGUGCUAUAUAGAGCUCUUGUAGAAGCCAAUUGA